GAGCUUAGUCCUGGCACUCCAGGUUGCAGCAGCCUCGGCAGCAGCAGCGGCAGCAGUUCAGCGGGGCGUGGCCCCCAGCUGCAGUAGUCAGCAAUGGCGAUCUCGGCCAUCUUUUUCCUAGACAUAAAGGGGCGCAUCAUUAUCUUCCGCGACUAUCGGGGGGAUGUGUCGCCGAAGUAUGCGGAAAAGUUUAUGUCCAAAAUCAACGAAAUGGAGGAGGCUGGCAAGCUGAGCCCCGUCAUCUACGACGACGGCGUGACGUACCUGUAUCUACAGGUCGCCAACCUGUACCUGCUCGCAGUCACGCGCACCAACGUCAACGCCUGCUCUACGCUCGUGUUCCUGCACCGCUUGGUCGAUGUCUUCCGACACUACUUCCAGGAGCUGGAGGAGGAAUCCCUCCGCGACAACUUCGUCAUUGUGUACGAGCUGCUCGACGAGGUCAUGGACUUUGGGUAUCCACAAUUCACCGAGGCGAAAAUCCUUGCAGAGUACAUCAAGACGGAUGCUUACAGGAUGGAGGCCACCGUCAAGCCCCCCAUGGCUGUCACCAACGCCGUCUCAUGGCGCAUGGAGGGCAUCCGUCACAAGAAGAACGAGGUCUUCCUGGACGUCGUGGAGAGCGUCAACCUGCUGGUCAGCAGCACCGGCCAGGUGGUGCUCUCCGACGUGGUCGGUGUGCUCAAGAUGCGCGCCUUCCUGUCCGGCAUGCCCGAAUGCAAGCUGGGCCUCAAUGAUAAGGUCCUCUUCGAGUCACAGGGCCGCAGCAGCAAACAGAAAGCUGUGGAACUGGAAGACAUCAAAUUCCACCAGUGUGUGCGCCUUGCACGAUUUGAAAACGACCGCACUAUCAGCUUCAUUCCGCCAGACGGUGCAUUUGACCUAAUGACUUACCGUAUAAGCCAGAACAUCAAGCCGCUCAUCAUGGUGGACUGCAUCGUCGAGAAGCCAUCCCGGAGCCGCACCGAAUACCUGGUCAAGGCUCGGUCCCAAUUCAAGGAGCGCAGCCAGGCGAACACCGUGGAAAUCAUGCUGCCGCUGCCUGCCGACGCCAUCUCCCCCACCAUGAAGUGCACACAAGGCUCCGCAGCAUACGUGCCGGAGAAAAGCGCUCUGGUGUGGACCAUCAAGAGCUUCCCUGGUGGCAAGGAGUACUCGCUGCGCUGCCACUUCGGGUUGCCGUCGGUGGAGGCGGAGGACGAGGGCAAGGGCAAGAUGCCGCCCAUCAAGGUCAAGUUUGAGAUUCCGUUCUUUACUGUGUCGGGCGUGCAGGUGCGCUACCUCAAGGUCAUAGAGAAGAGCGGCUACCAGGCUUUGCCGUGGGUGCGCUACAUCACCACCUCAGGGAAUUAUGAGAUCCGCAUGGUUUGAGCGGGAGAGAGUCAGGACCGGUGGAAUGGUGUGGUUAAGAAGGGGUUUGUGGAAGGCAGCCUGUGAGGUAGUCGGUGGGGUUGGGGCGGCCUAAGGUGGAGGCGGAGCUAUCUUAGUCGUGGUCUGAAGCUACUCUGAAGCUACUUGGGAACUCGUGAGAAGGGUCAAGUUUGGGUUGUUCGGACGAGGCCAACAAGUUUAUGCUUCCAGUUUUAUGCGGGGCUUGCCCGUGGGUGGAGGCGUAUUUUGCUUGUGUUUGGUUGUGGAUCUGGGUUCGUGUCAGUCGAUUUGCGCUGGGCAGUGUGAGACGCCUGGGUGCGAGUCGUUGCCAUUCUGGUUGCCUAGCCUGCGGGUCGGUGCUAGAUGGCUAGCUGGAGAGCAGCGACGAAUGGUAAGGUUCCCUCGCCUGACGGACCUAUUCGGAGGACAGCUGUCCUCCGAAUCUAUCCGUGUUUUCCGCUGCACGUGCUUGAACACAGGAGGGGGAGGUGCGGGCCUCUCAUAAAGAUAUAAUGCAAUGAAACGGAACAUUACGUGUUGAUGUGGUGCAAAAAGAAGUGGACAAGAAGAGACAAGGGAACAACAGGGCUUUUCAGGCAAGACAAGUUUUGAGGGUAUCGUCGGUCCGGACGCAGGGGAGCGACCGUUUGCGUUCGGAUUCCUUUCUGCGUUGGGUAUUCCUUUCGAGACCUGCCGAUGUGGGUCACGGUCACGUCUACGAGCGAUGCAGCCAAGCCGGACGGGCAGGAUGCUGACUUGUUGAAGCGCGUGAUUGGACUGCACAUUGGCCCGUUCCUGAGCUGUGUCGUACGGUACAGUGCUGUAUCCCGGAGCUCGUGCUGGGUAGCUCCUUGCUCUUAUGUCCAAAAAGGAUAAAUUCGUGUUGCACUUGGAAGAAACAGAACGGGACAGUUUUCUUAGAUGCGGGCGCGGGUGGUCAGUUGGUCAGCGCGAAGCGAUGUAACAGAACCGGGGCUGUAGUCACAUGUGCUGCUUACUUUUAUGGAUAGUGCCUUGCUUGUGCGUCGUGAGGAAGGCACGGUAAGUAGCAUUUCUGGAGCUUUGGUUUUGCCCAGAGUUUGCAAAGAAUGUGAGGGUAUAUAGUAAGAUGAACUGAGCUGAUGGAACCCAAACUCGGCAGCGUGUAUGAAAGCGCUCGCGGGUAAGUGUCUCCGCUGUACUCAAAGUAACGUGUUUCCCCCGCCG